CUAGUGACAAUCUCCUGUCUCUGAUGUUAUUUAAUGUGCCCAUUGGACAUGUUAUGUGUUGAGGAGUGCGAGAAGUAUUUAAAAGGCUUUUAAAAAUGAAAGUUAAAGUUUUGUGUAGAAAUCCAGAUAAUUAUUUACGAGCAACGAAAAAAGAUAUUUUUAAAGUUCCAAGAAAUUAUGACCCGAACCUGCAUCCGUUCGAAGCGCCCAGAGAAUACGUUAGAGCGCUGAAUGCCACGAAGCUGGAGCGAGUGUUUGCUAAGCCGUUUGUCAGUAACUUGGACGGGCAUCGGGACGGCGUGUCGUGUUUGGGCAAGCAUCCUUCCAGGCUGACUUGGCUUGUGAGCGGCUCGUAUGAUGGUGAGGUGCGGCUGUGGGACUUGCCACAGCGGAAGAACUUGCGCAGCUUCCAGGCGCACAACGGCUACGUGAGGGGCAUCGCCUUCGUCCCGAACGGCAGUCAGUUCGUUACGGUGGGGGAUGACAAGACCAUCAAGUUCUGGAACACGGAUGGAGAGGACGAAGAACCAGUCAACACUUAUCUCAGCAAGACAGUCCUGAUGGGCGUGAGCCACCACCGCAGGACCGCCACGUUCGUGACAUGUGGAGAGCUGUGCCAGGUGUGGGAGGCAUCUCGCAACGAGCCCGUCAGGACCUACCAGUGGGGCACAGACAGCAUCCACGAUGUCACCUUCAACUACGUGGAGACUCACAUCAUGGCUGCGUGCGCGAGUGACCGGAGCAUCAUACUGUACGACAUGAGGGAGGCGGGGCCGGUGCGGAAGGUUGUUCUGAAGCUGCGGUCCAACAGGCUCUGCUGGAACCCUAUGGAGGCCUUCAUGUUCACGUGCGCAAACGAGGACUACAAUUUGUACACAUUUGACACAAGGAAUCUAAAGUACCCAGUGAAUGUUCAUAUGGAUCACAUUUCUGCUGUCACCGAUGUUGAUUACUCUCCUACAGGGAAGGAAUUUGUCAGUGGAAGUUACGACAAAACCAUAAGGAUAUACGAGUCCAACAAGGGACACUCAAGAGAUAUUUACCACACAAAACGCAUGCAGCGAGUCACCUGUGUGAUGUGGUCUCUGGACAACAAAUUUGUUCUCAGUGGCUCAGACGAGAUGAACAUCCGCUUAUGGAAGGCACGGGCUUCCGAGAAGUUGGGUGUGUUAAGACCCCGUGAAAAGCUUGCUCUCAACUAUAACGAGGUAUUGAAGGAGAAGUUUGCGAGUCAUCCACAGAUCCGGCGGAUUGCACGGCACAGGCAGGUGCCGAAGAUGAUCUACAACGCCCAGAAGGAGCUCCGGACCAUCAAGGAGAAGAAGAAGAGGAAAGAAGCAAAUGUGCGUGCACAUUCGAAGCCCGGCUCUGUGCCGUUCGUCUCGGAGCGCAAGAAACAUGUUGUUGCACAACACAAAUAAAAAUGUUGACAUUCCUGCUUUCCAGUUUGUACAAUUUCUUAUGUAUUUGGUAUUACAAAAAAUCAAAUACAUACCUUUGAAAAGUU